AUGUCGGGAGAAAGUACCGAUUCUGAAUGUACAUCAGCCGAGAAUAGUUUUCGAUCUCGAUCACUAUUACGUCAUGUACGGAAUAAAUUAGUACGUAAAAGUUUCAAUCGCCAUCAUACGCAAACAACAACGGAUCGGUCAUUAUCUGUGGCAUUGAUUCGUACGAGUCAUCGAUCGUUUGAUUAUGCAGAGAUCGAAAAACGGUCGAUUAGUAAAACACCCACAUCGCAUUCACAUCGAAUGUCUCUACUCAAUCAAGUUAGAUCACAUUUCGCUGGAGCAAGAAAAUACCGUCAAACUAUUCCUUCUGAUUGGAACGAUGACGACGAUGAUGAUGAUAGGUUAUCAUUUCGAUCAGUUCACUCAUUUGCAGAGAUCAAGUCAUCGCCAACGAGCGAGGAACAGGCGAAUUCUACAACAAAUGGGAUUGAUUCAUCUUCAUCUGACUCUCCUCUUUCUUCGGACCACAAAGCUGAAAAUGUUCAUGACAAAACAAUGCUAAUUAAUGGCUCCACUAAUAUGACUGUAGAAGAAAAUGGAUCCACGGACCUCAGCAAAACAUUGAAUAACAGUCGAGUGACAUUAAACAAAUUCAAAGAUCAACUAACACAACGUGCGCGCACUGUAAUUCCCAAAACGCCAGCGAUCGGUUCGAUUUUCAACAAUUCAUCGCCGACAACACCUACAGACAAUGAACCCGAUGAAGCGUAUUGGACGGAAAUCUGUAUCGAACGAGGAGCCAGUCUUUCUGUUAAAGACAUUGGCGGUUCAAGUGAUCCUUACGUAAAGGUCGUCUACGGUAAUGAAGAAAAGUAUACAACACAAACAGUAUCAAAAAGUCUGAACCCUGUUUGGAAUGAGAAAUUUUCCAUAUUUACCAAUGAUCUGAAUUUGCCAUUGUAUUUUCAUGUUUACGAUCACGAUCGUAUUGGACGGGACGAGUCGAUGGGUACAGCCAAAAUUGACUUGUGGAAGCUGCCGUUCGAAAGAUUAUAUGGUGCGAAUCUUGAAUUGGAAGGUGAAGAUCGAAGUGAUAAUAAAAAUGGCACACUAAAAGUUAGCAUUACGAUAACACCGAAAUCUUUAGAUUUCCAUGAUGAGGUUCUUCGAAACAUAGCAAAACAAUCUCAAGUGAAAUCCUUUUUUGGUAGUCGAUCGGGCAAUAAUAGUGGUGUCAUCGUACCUCGGCGUACGAUUGAUGUCUUUAUCAUCGAAGGACGAAAUUUGAAAUCCCGCAAUCCGGACGGAUUCUGUAGUCCUUUUGUUCGACUUAAAUAUGGCAAUAAGAAAAAUCGAACACAAACAAUUAAAUAUACUCGUAAUCCCGUAUGGCAUCAAUCAUUUAUGUACGAUACACACGUUGGUGAACUUCCUCCAAUUGAAAUCGCUGUAUUUGAUGAUGCAAGUAGUUCCGGAGAUUUCAUCGGCCGAGGACUUUGUAACUUAGCCCAUUUGGACGAAGAACGCACACAUCGAAUUCCAGUGGACUUAGAAGAUGGUGCUGGUAUUGUAGAUCUGUUUGUGACGAUUACUCAGACUACUGCAUUGCAAGAAGCAACUAAUGAUGGAGAUAGUGCAUCGAACAUCGCUCUCGAUGCGAUGCCAUCGAGAUUGAAACCCGAAGAUACAAACCGUUAUACGUUUCUUCAAACAUUUAAGAAUAUGAAUCCAAUUCUUGACGUUGGCAAACUCGAAAUCAAAAUUUUUCAAGCACGUGAUCUUAGUGCUAAGGAUAUUAUCGGUAAAUCGGAUCCAUUUUGUAUCGUUGAGCUUGACUCCAGUCGUUUACGCACACAUACAAUAUAUAAAACACUCGAUCCUGUUUGGAAUAAAUCCUUCAUUAUACCAUGUCAAGAUAUUCAUUCCGUGGUGGAAUUAUCCAUCUAUGACGAGGACUCCAAUGGUGAUAAUGAAUUUAUUGGCAAAGUGGCAAUUCCGCUAUUGACUAUCCAAAAUGGUCAAAAGAAAUGGAUGCAAUUGAAAGAUCGAAAAUGCCUUUUACCUGUGAAAGGAGCCAUCGAAAUUGAAGCUUCGUUUUACUAUUCGAAUUUGAAAGCAGUUAUUCGAACGAUCAAUCCCCGGCAAGUUGCAUACUAUCAAAUGGAUAAUAAAUUCAGUAUUGGGGCGAUCAAACAACAUCUAGCACGUAUCACAAAUAUGCUAUCAGGUGUAGUCAAUGUGAUGAAAUUUAUUAACCACUGUUUCCAAUGGGACAAUCCAUGGUUGAGUUUCGGAACAUUUAUGGUAACUUUGAUCAUUGUUUGGAAUUUCGAGUUAUAUAUGUUACCUGGCGCACUGUUACUGAUAUUGGCAAGAAACUUCGUGAACGAAUAUCGACGCGGGCGAAUCGGAAAAGCUUAUGCACCUAUCGAAGACGAAACAAUCUCCGCUCUUGUUCAACCAGCUCCUGUUAUAGAAGAAGAAUUACCUGAUGCGGAAUUAGCUGCAAAAGAACCAAAGAAAUCCUUUAUGGGUGUCAUAUCAGGCAUUCAAGAUACGGUUUUGGAAAUUCAAGGUUACAUCGAUGAUGUUGCAUCGACAUUGGAACGCGUUAAGAACCUGUUCAAUUAUAGUGUUCCUUGGCUAUCAACUUUACUUAUUAUUAUCCUAGUUUUAGUAUCUGUGUUACUCUAUUACGUUCCGCUUCGAGCUUUAAUUUUAGCAUUUGUUAUCAACAAAUUUACCAAACGAUUCCGUAAACCAAAAGGUUUCAUUGAUAAUAACGAACUGGCCGAUUUCUUUUCUCGAUUGCCUUCGGAUCCUGAAUUGGUACGAUAUCGUGAAUUGAAAGUUAUUCAACGUGCUGGAACGCAGAAAAAGAGCAAAACAAACAAGAAAUAA